GCGCGGAGCCGAGCGGGCGCGGGGCGGCGGCGGCGGCGGCGGCGGGGUCGGGAUGCCGGGCUACGACUACAAGCUGCUGGAGCGGCCGCGGCGCCGGGUGCUGUGCCCGCUCUGCGGGAAACCCAUGCGGGAGCCCGUCCGCGUCUCCACCUGCGGCCACCGCUUCUGCGACACCUGCCUGCAGGAGUUCCUCAGCGAAGGCGUCUUCAAGUGUCCGGAGGACCAGCUGCCCCUGGACUACGCCAAGAUCUACCCCGACCCCGAGCUGGAGGCGCAGGUGCUGAGCCUGGCCAUCCGCUGCAUCCACAGCGAGGAGGGCUGCCGCUGGAGCGGGCUCAUCAAGCACCUCCAGGCCCAUCUCGGCACCUGUGGCUUCAACGUGAUCCCCUGCCCCAACCGGUGCAGCGCCAAACUGAGCCGCCGCGACCUCCCCGAGCACGUCCAGCACGGCUGCCCCAAGCGCAGGGUCAAGUGCGAGUUCUGCGCCAGCGACUUCACUGGGGAGGCCUUCGAGGGCCACCAGGGCACGUGUCCCCAGGAAAGUGUGUACUGUGAGAACAAGUGUGGGGCCCGCAUGAUGCGGCGCCUGCUGUCCCAGCACGCCCUGGCCGAGUGCCCCAAGCGCACCCAGCCCUGCACCUACUGCUCCAAGGAGUUCGUCUUCGACACCAUCCAGAACCACCAGUACCAGUGUCCCCGGUACCCCGUGCCGUGCCCCAACCAGUGCGGGACGCCCAGCAUCGCCCGGGAGGAUGUGCCCACCCACCUCAAGGAGAGCUGCAGCACUGCCAUGCUGCUGUGCCCCUUCAAGGAAGCUGGCUGCAAGCACCGGUGCCCCAAGCUGGCCAUGGGCCGGCACCUGGAGGAGAGCACCAAGACCCACCUGGGCAUGGUGUGUGCCCUGGUGAGCCGGCAGCGCCAGGAGAUCCUGGAGCUGCGCCGGGACGUGGAGGAGCUGUCGGUGAGCAGCGACGGGAUCCUCAUCUGGAAAAUCGCCGACUACGCCCGCAAGCUGCAGGAGGCCAAAGCCCGCAGCAACUACGAGUUCUUCAGCCCCCCGUUCUACACCCACAAGUACGGCUACAAGCUCCAGGUGUCGGCUUUCCUCAACGGCAACGGCAGCGGGGAGAGCAGCCACCUCUCCGUCUACAUCCGCGUGCUGCCGGGCGAGUACGACAACCUGCUGGAGUGGCCCUUCUCCUACCGCGUCACCUUCUCCCUGCUGGACCAGAGCGACCCCUCGCUCUCCAAGCCCCAGCACAUCACCGAGACCUUCCACCCCGACCCCAACUGGAAGAACUUCCAGAAGCCGGGAGCCUCGCGCAGCUCCCUGGACGAGAGCACCCUGGGCUUCGGCUACCCCAAGUUCAUCUCCCACGAGGACAUCAGGAAACGGAACUACGUGCGGGACAACGCCAUCUUCAUCAAGGCCUCGGUGGAGAUCCCCCAGAAGAUCCUGGCCUGAGCCCCGGAGGGGGACGGGAUGUGAGCGGGGUGCCCGCCCAGGGGUGCCCCAGCUGGUGCUGAGCCCCUGCCCGCGGCCGCUGUCCCCGGCGUGGGGACGCCGCCGUGGCGCCGCGGUGGCUCUCAGGACACGCAGGGUCGGGGCUGCUCCCAGGUCCCUCCUGGGGCUGGGACUGUCCAGCAGCCCCGGCUGCCCCUGGGGCAGCCCCUCCUCAGGUGCCCGGGGGGCUGGGCCCCCUGAGCCCCUCCCCGAGGUGCCAGCAGCCCCCGCCAGCCUCGCUGGGGACCCCGCAGGACCCCGCUGGCAGAGCCAUAUUUUGUAAACCGGUGCUCCCCAGGUUGUUAUUUAUUACCCCGGGCUGGGGCUGCUGCCCCCUCCCCACAUUUUUUUUUUCUUUUC